AUGUCCGCCCCCACCAACAGCCCGCUUCCUGACGACCUCGUUGCUGCUACUGUGCAGCCAGAAUCUCCUACGUGCGCCUCGGCACUCGAAUACGCUGAGGAGCCUACCGAGCAUAUCGAGGAGCAUGCUCAUGUCAAAGAGCAUGUCGAAGACCACGUCGAGGAGCAUGUCGAAGAGCCUACCGAGCAUGCCGAAGAGCUUGUCCAUGCAGAAGAGCAUGUUCACAUCGAAGCUCCUGUUGAAGAGCAUGUUGAAGAGCAUGUCGAAGCUCCUGUUGAAGGACAUGUCGAGGAGCAUCUCGAACCUACCGACCAUGUCGAAGAGCCUGUCCAUGCAGAAGAGCUUGUCCGUGCAGAAGAGCUUGCCCAUUCCGAAGAGCAUGCUCAUAUCGAGGAGCAUGUCAAGGAGCCCACCCACGACCAGCCUGAGGAGGCCACUACAAUAUGCGCAUGCGCAACAGGCGCACCGCCAGCGACCGGGGUCUCUACUGCGAGCAGGUAG